CCCCCGAGCCGAGCUACUCCUCCCCGCGCGCUCGGCCCGACCCCCGCCCGCCGGGUGAUUGGGCGGCCCUGCUGCCCGUAGCAUUUUUGAAUUCCGCGCCCCGGGCGGCCCAUCUUCCCCGCCGCAGAUGUCGCUGUAUUUCCGGCGGCUCUUCAACCGGCGGUCGCCGGCCGGGCUCGUCGAGAUCUCCAGCAACAUUCUGGUAUUUGACCAGUGCUUCUCCACGGAUAUGCUUGAAGAAGACGAAUUGAAGCCAUACAUUGGAGGCAUCUUAAAACAGCUACUUGCACGCUACUCCAUCGAUUCAUUAAUGGUAUUCAACUUUGAGGGAGGAAAGAAGAACAGCCAAACUGCCCGCAUUUUCUCAGGCUAUGAUAUGAGUGCGAUGGGUUAUCCACGUAACUAUGAGGGGUGUCCUUUGCUCACCUUGGAGAUGAUUCACCAUUUUCUUAGGUCUAGUGAAAGCUGGCUCUCGUUAAGCCAGGACAACUUCCUGCUUAUACAUUCAGAACACGGUGGGUGGCCGGUCCUUGCUUUUGCAUUGGCAGCCCUACUGGUUUACCUUCGAAGGUGCAAAGAUGAGAGGAAGGCAUUGGAGACGAUCCACAAAUAUGCACCACCUGGGCUGGUUGAGCUCUACUCACCACUGAACCCAGCACCUUCUCAUUUGAGAUACUUGAAGUAUGUGUCAAGACGGCACAAAUCACCAGAAUUGUGGCCUCCUGCUGACAGGAUGCUGAACUUGAACUGUGCAAUCAUCAGGACGGUACCGAAUUUUGAUGGUCAAGGGGGAUGUAGGCCAAUAUUUCGAAUUUAUGGCCCAGAUCCCCUGGCUCCAAAUGACAGUAGUGCCAAAGUUCUCUUUUCAACUCCGAAGACAGAUGAUUUUGUCCAGCUUUACACGCAGGAAGACAGUGAGAUAAUCAAGAUUAAUAUCCGAUGUCCUGUUCGAGGAGACAUUGUCAUGGAGUGCGUCAGCGUGGAUGAGGACUUUAAACAUGAAGUGAUGGUAUUCAGAGUUAUGUUUAGCACGGCUUUUGUUGAAGACAAUCUUCUGUUACUUGAUAGGGACCAGAUUGACAUUCUGUGGGACACGAAACACCGGUUUCCCGUAGACUUCAGAGUUGAGGUUAUAUUUUCGGAGAUUGAUGCGACCACAUCGAUUCACACUUCUGAGCCGUCAAGCGAAAGUGAAAGCAAUCACAUCACGGAUGCUGCAUCAGAGCAGAAUGGUUUGAACAACGUGCAUGAUGGCUUUGAUGUGAUAUCCAUGCAGGAAACAGAAAUCAGCAAUGGCACACCUGAACAUAACAUUCCAGAUAGCAGAUCUGUCCAGACUUCUCAGAUGGAACCAGAAAAUAUCCAUUCUUCUGCACCAGAAGCUGAAUCCGUAGGUCCAACCAUUCAAGAUCGUGAACUCUCCGUGGAUGCACCAAAGUUUGAGGACGACAACGAUGCUAUUGCUGAUACAUCAUCCUCGCAAGAAGCUGAAUCUGUAGGCCCAACCUCUCAAGAAGACGAACUCGCUGAGAACGCUUCUGCAGGGGAGGAAUCAGAAGGGAGUACAACCAAUAGCACUGCCAAUUCUGAUGCGCAGUUGGCAGACCCCCCAGGUACAGAAGCUGACGCAGCCACUGCUGAACAUUCUGACGCUAACUCAGAAUCAGGUUCACCUUCAGGCAGCGCAUCGUCUAGCUCGCCAAAGUUCGACGAAGAUACCGAGGAAGCUGGUACAGCUGAUGCUGAAGUACAGUCGAUAGAACUGGAAGGAUCUUGAGAUUGCGACGUGGUGCUACUGUAAACUGGGGCAGCACUGGUCCAUGGUACCGCCCUAAAUGUAGUUUAAACACAUACACUUCCACAGUAGAGUGGAGAAUUGCUGGUCGUCCAGACCAAAAGCAUUGUACAGUUUACGUUGGUUAAACAUGUGAGAAAUUAUCAAAUCAUCUCUCCAGUUUUUGGA